ACAAUGAGCCUCUGGAUUUCUUUCAUGGUCGGAAACGGAUUACUUCCCUUUAUGAAACUCUCUAAAUCCUGAGAAAAUAUGGCAUCAAUUUGUCUUCUACGAUCUUGUGGGGGCACAGCGCGCAGACUCUGUUUAAGACCUCAGAUUUUUAAAGAGCUUUCACCAAACAGCAUAAGCAAAAAUGUUACAGCAAAAACAAUUGUCCUGUCACCAGCCAUGUCACAUUACUUCCAAGCAAGGCGAGGUCCAUUUACACCAGAGGAAAAACAAGGAAAGCAUAUGAUGAUGGCUUCAACUCACUGGAAAGUAGAGAGGAUAAUAGCAGUAUCUAUGCUAGGAAUUAUGCCUGCAUCAAUAUAUUUCCAAGGACCAUUCUGGGAUUUCAUGAUAGCUUCAACUGUUAUGUUACAUGGUUACUGGGGUGUUAAUGGUGUUCUGACAGACUACCUUGAGAAGUUUAUUCCUUUUAUCCAUUGGUUCUGGUAUGCUCUUGCCAUGGCUGGUAUUGCUGGACUUUUAAACUUUAAUUAUAAUGAUGUUGGUGUUACAAAAGCCAUAUCUUUAGUCUGGAAGCUGUAGAUGUUAUUUAGACUGACAAGUUCUAAAUGUUAUAUUACCUAACAAAAGUGCUUAUUAGAGAUACUGCAAUCAUGAAAAUAUACUUUAUACUUUUUCAUAAAAUUUCUGUUAUUGUAAAUUUGUUACAGUUCUUGUGAUAUUUUUAUGUAGACUUUUGCUUAUAAUUAAAGAAUCUUACAAGGUCUGCCAGUAUUUGUAAAAUGUACAAACAAUAUAGAAUAAAUAUUCUAAAAGUUGGAUAUUAUUACUUAAAUGGGUGAAAUUUAAAUUAUGUAAGGUUAAUUUGAGCUGAAAGAAGUAAAUGGAUAUGGCCUCUCACAUGUCUAAUGACUUUUUAAGUGAUCUGUUAUAUGUAUUAUUUAUUGUACAGCAGAAGUUUAUUUACAAUAAUUUUUUAUCUUCACAUAAUGUUAUAUUUAGAAGUAUGACCUAAAAUCUUGAUAGUAAAUAUUUGGUGGAUAUACCUUCUUAAUAUUGUUAACUUUUCUUACUAUGCACUUACUAUUUUACAUUAGUCACUGGAUUUUCUUCUUUGAAAACAUAGGAUUAAUUCAAGAAAUACAUUAAAAGUUGAAACAUUGAUACAAUGUUCCGGUAUUUUGGUAAUACAUUAUAUUUCACUAGCAAUGAAACAGUCCAAGUGAUGUUUAAUUCUUUUGUCUAAGGACUUAUAUUACAUUUACCAGUCUCUGAUAUCUAUCUUAAUACAUUAAUACCUACAACAGAGAGAACCGGUGUUCUUAUACUUUGUAUAAUCUUCAAGCUUUGCUUGUAAAAAAAUUAAUUUAUUUAUCCCAUACAUUUUUGCUUAGUUUCUAUUAUGUUUUAGUAAUUAAAACAUUUUAUAUAUGUCUUUGCAA